AUGCCGAAUUCCAAUAACUCUUUACCCGCGUGGUAUCACCGCCUGGCGCCUCACUUCAAGAGUGGAGGAGUGGUUCUUCCAUGGACAUUUGAUGAAGAUAUCUCGGAUCUCGAUGAGUCGGGCCAGGAUGACGACAGCGCUUACAAUGGUCCCGAUGCUACAUCCUUUCACCGACUAAAAGAGAUGCGAGAGCAGCGCAAGCAAGAACUGCAGCGACGAAUAGACUUUGUUAGAAAACAAAAGGAAAGAAACCGGCAAGAUGAGUUGGAGAAAGUGAGAGAGGUCCAGAUUGCUUAUGAAACCCUCGAGUCGUCCAUGUCCGCAAAAAGCAACAUGCCUGUCCUGGGCUCUCUCGACACCACCUUUGAACUCUACUCAAUCGACUACUUCAACCAUUUGUACGAUCCUACCCCUUUGGGCAGUCGUAAGAAAUACUUGAGGUUUCAGCAUGCGGAAGAGCACGCCCAAGGACCAGCAAAUUACGUUGCCCUCGACGGCAUCUUAUGGCUGAACCCUGAUGUUGAGACCAAACUCGCUCCAUUCUAUCCACCAAAGCAGUCGAGUUUACAGCAUUACAGGCUUGACAGUGUCGAUGGAAGAUUCUCACUUAUUUUGCAAUUCAUUGAUAACAACUAUUUAACUCUUCGGGUCAGUCGACACCUCGUCUUCAUGAACAGGCCAGAGGAAGCGACGGGGCCGGAGACAUUUGUAUUUGGCGGAAUUCGAAAUGACUGGGGAAAGCAGCUGCAAGCCUUUGCCAAGAUGAAUUCCAUGGCAAGAGAGGACAACUUCUUUUCCAGUACAUUAACCUAA